AUGACCUUAAACACUAGAGAAGUCGAUGAGAGUCUCUACUCUCGUCAAUUGUACGUACUCGGUAAAGAAGCCAUGUUGAAAAUGCAACUUUCCAACGUCCUUAUCAUUGGGUUGAGAGGGCUGGGGGUGGAGAUUGCUAAGAAUGUCGCUUUGGCCGGUGUGAAAUCUUUGACUGUUUACGAUCCUAUUACAGUCACUAUCCAAGAUUUAUCCUCUCAAUUUUUCUUGACUGAGGCGGAUUUGGGGAAGCAAAGAGAUCAGGUUUCAAGAGACAAAUUGGCUGAAUUGAACUCCUAUGUUCCAGUCAAAGUGUUGGAUUCAUUGAAUGAUGAGACAAUCUUGAGGGACUAUCAAGUCGUCGUGGCUACUGAUACCGUAAAUUUGGAAAAUAAAGUCAAAUUGGAUAACUUUUGCCAUCAAAAUGAUAUUAAAUUUAUCGCUACUGAGACAAGAGGUUUAUUUGGGAACGUCUUUGUGGAUCUAGGUAAAGAGUUUACAGUUUUAGACCCUACUGGUGAAGAACCUCGUACAGGUAUGGUCUCAGAUAUCGAGCCGGAUGGAACUGUAACCAUGUUGGAUGAUAACAGACAUGGCCUAGAAGAUGGAAACUAUGUGAAGUUUUCUGAAGUGGAAGGUUUGGAUAAAUUGAAUGAUGGAUCAUUACAUAAAGUGGAAGUCCUGGGUCCAUUUGCAUUUAAAAUUGAAUCCGUGGAAAAAUUAGGUCAAUAUAAGAAAGGUGGUAUCUUUACAGAGGUGAAAGUACCACAAAAGGUUUCUUUUAAAACUUUGCAAGAAUCAUUGAAUGAUCCGGAAUAUAUCUUUUCAGAUUUCUCUAAAUUUGAUAGAACUGCACAAUUACAUUUAGGUUUCCAAGCUUUGAAUCAAUUUAUGGUUAGACACCAAGGACAACUACCAAGACCAAUGAAUGAUGAAGAUGCCAAUGAACUUGUGAAGUUAGUUAAGGAUUUAUCUGCACAGGAACCUGCUGUAUUGGGUGGAGGUGAUGCUGAAAUAAAUGAAAAUUUAAUUAGAGAGCUUUCCUAUCAGGCAAGAGGGGAUAUCCCUGGUAUUGUUGCAUUCUUUGGUGGGUUAGUAGCACAAGAAGUUCUUAAGGCAUGUUCAGGAAAAUUUUCUCCAUUAAAGCAAUAUAUGUACUCUGAUUCUCUUGAAUCUCUACCUGAUCCAAAAGAAUUUCCAAGAAAUGAAGAAACUACAAAGCCAAUUAACUCUCGUUAUGAUAACCAAAUUGCUGUAUUUGGGCUCAAGUUCCAACAAAAGGUUGCCAAUUCAAAAGUUUUUCUAGUGGGGUCUGGUGCCAUUGGUUGUGAAAUGCUAAAGAAUUGGGCAUUGAUGGGUUUAGGUUCAGGUUCUGAAGGUCGUAUUAUCCUUACAGAUAAUGAUUCCAUUGAAAAAUCUAAUUUAAAUCGUCAAUUCUUAUUUAGACCAAAAGAUGUUGGUAGAAAUAAAUCAGAAGUUGCCGCUGAUGCGGUCAUCGCCAUGAAUCCUGAUUUGAAGGGUAAAGUUGAGCCAAAGAUCGAUAAAAUCGGACCAGAAACAGAGAGCAUCUUCAAUGAUUCAUUCUGGCAAAAUCUGGAUUUUGUGACCAAUGCCCUUGAUAAUGUCGACGCUCGUACUUAUGUGGAUCGUCGUUGUGUCUUUUAUAGAAAGCCUUUGUUAGAAUCAGGGACUUUGGGUACAAAGGGUAAUACACAGGUAGUUAUACCUGGAUUAACUGAAUCAUACUCUUCUUCAAGAGACCCUCCUGAAAAGUCUAUCCCACUAUGUACUUUGCGUUCUUUCCCAAACAAGAUUGACCAUACAAUUGCAUGGGCUAAAUCUCUAUUUCAAGGAUAUUUCGCCGAUGCAGCUGAGAAUGUAAAUCUUUAUUUAUCACAGCCAAAUUUUGUUGAUCAAACUUUGAAGCAAAGUGGUGACGUCAAGGGUAUUCUUGAAUCAGUAUCUGAUUCUUUAACUAAUAAGCCAACUACUUUUGAAGAUUGUAUCAGAUGGGCAAGAUUGGAAUUCGAAAAGAAAUUUAAUCAUGACAUUAAGCAAUUAUUAUACAACUUCCCAAAGGAUGCAAAGACUUCUAAUGGUGAACCAUUCUGGUCUGGUGCUAAAAGAGCACCAACUCCACUUGUCUUUGACAUUAACAAUCCAGAUCAUUUCCAUUUUGUUGUAGGUGGCGCAAACCUUCGUGCAUUUAAUUACGGUCUUGCUGGUGAUGGUAUAGAUCCAAACGUUGAACAAUAUAAAUCUGUCAUAUCUGCCAUGGAAAUCCCAGAAUUCAAGCCAAAUGUGAAUUUAAAGAUUCAAGUUAACGAUGAAGACCCAGAUCCAAAUGCUGGGAACUCUGUAGAUGAUGAACUAGAUAUUUUGGCAUCAUCUCUACCGGACCCUUCCACUUUAACUGGUUUUAAGAUGGAGCCUGUUGAUUUUGAAAAGGAUGAUGACACUAAUCACCAUAUUGAAUUUAUUGCCAGUUGUUCCAAUUGUAGAGCUCAAAACUAUUUCAUUGAAACUGCUGAUCGCCAAAAGACUAAAUUUAUUGCAGGCCGUAUUAUUCCUGCUAUUGCCACAACAACAUCUCUAGUGACUGGUAUUGUAAAUCUAGAAUUGUAUAAAGUGGUUGCUGGAAAGAAGGAUAUUGAACAAUAUAGGAAUGGGUUUGUUAAUUUAGCAUUGCCAUUCUUUGGAUUCUCGGAACCAAUUGCUUCACCAAAGGCUAAAUAUAAUGACGUUACGUAUGAUAAGAUUUGGGAUAGAUUUGAUAUUCAAGGAGAUAUUAAAUUAAGUGAAUUGAUUAAACAUUUCGAAACUAAAGAGGGAUUAGAGAUUACAAUGCUAUCGUAUGGUGUUUCCUUAUUAUAUGCAUCCUUUUUCCCACCAAAGAAAUUAAAGGAAAGGUUAAAUCUACCAAUAUCACAGUUAGUUAAAGUUGUUACUAAGAAGGAACUACCUUCUCAUGUACGUACAAUGAUUUUAGAGAUUUGUGCUGAUGAUAAGGAAGGUGAAGAUGUGGAAGUACCAUUUAUUACAGUCCAUUUGUAA